AUGCAAGCUCGAUUCCUUCCGGAAAUCUUCGACCCCUUAGUUGUGUGUUCAACCCUUUCCGAGACCAAGCAGUUCCACACCGUUCUCAUCACCACCCGCCUCUCUUCCCGCCCUCCUCUCGCCACCAAACUCUUCCUCUCCUACGCAGCCCACGACGACAUCUUGUCCGCCCAUCUCCUCUUCGACCAAACUCCCCAUCAGACCGUCCGCUUCUGGAAUUCCAUCAUUCGAGUCCAUGCCCGGCGCUAUGAUUUAUCCCGCAUUUUCUCUCUCUUUACCCAAAUGCGCCGUCUGUGUACCAUCCCCGACGGCCAUACCUUCGCUUGCAUCCUCCGUACCUGCUCUGAAAUUUCGAAUCUCAGAUGUGCAAAGAUGGUACAUGGUAACUUGAUCUCUUCUGGACUAGGUUAUGAUCUCACAGGCAGCAGUGCCGUGAUCGGUGCCUACUACAAACUAGGCCUUAUGGAUGAUGCUCGCUCCCUGUUUGAUGUAUUGCCUGAGCCAGACUUGGUUCUUUGGAAUUCGAUGACUUCAGGGUAUGGUUACAAAGGACUCUGGCAGAAGGGACUUGAAUUGUUUCAUAGAAUGCAAGAAGCUGGUGAGAGGCUGGAUGGAUAUUCAUUGGUAGGGCAGCUUUCAAGUUUGUGGGACCGGAGCUCGCUUCUCUUUGGUCGGGGAAUUCAUGGAUUUGCUUGA